CCUCCGGAUCUCCUCUCUCCUCUCUCUCUCUCUCCCUCUCUCUCUCUCUCUCUCUCUCUCAUCCUUUCGCCGGAGACGGAGAAUCUCUCCGGCGUUCAUCUCCGACGGGCUCAUCGAUCGGCCUCGGGUUCCGAGCAGUUCGCCGUGCGCUCGCCGUCUCACGAUCGAAUCUACUUCGAGUCCUGUGGAGGCAUUCGGCGUCUGACGAUUUCGACGAAGAAUGAUGCUGUUCCUGUAGCGGUUCGAAGGCUUAAUUGCUCGCGCAAGCGUUGUCUCUGCGAAUCAGCCGCUUCUCUCGGUGGCCUUCCGGCGGUGGAAUCGGGAAUCGGCGCCAUGGUGGAUUCGGACAACGAGUCGCCGCCGCCGGGGGGAGGAGGCCAUGGAUCGGGAGGGAACGGGGGGCCGGGGGGCGAAUACUCGUCGCUGCGGGAGCAGGACAGGUUCCUCCCCAUCGCGAACGUGAGCAGGAUCAUGAAGAAGGCGCUGCCGGCGAACGCGAAGAUCUCCAAGGACGCGAAGGAGACGGUGCAGGAGUGCGUGUCGGAGUUCAUAAGCUUCGUGACGGGGGAGGCGUCGGACAAGUGCCAGCGGGAGAAGAGGAAGACGAUCAACGGCGACGACCUGCUGUGGGCGAUGACGACGCUGGGGUUCGAGGAGUACGUGGAGCCGCUCAAGGUGUAUCUGCAGAGGUUCAGGGAGUUGGAGGGCGAGAAGACGGGGUUGGCGCGGGAGAAGGACGGCGGAGCCUACGACAGUGAGAGUAGCGGCGGCGGCGGCGGCGGCGGCGGCGGCGGCGGAGCGUAUGGGAUGAUGCCCGCGGGCCGCGGUCAACACCAGGGACACGUGUACGGCUAUGGUGGGUUUCAUCAGAUUAGUGGAGCUGGGCCUGGAGCUAGCUUAAAUAGAACUAAAUAAGCGAUUACUAAUCAAUUAAUUCAAUCAUUAGGAUGACCUUCUUUGAAGUGCUUUCUGCUGGAGAUCCACAUUCUUCAUUGUUCUGGAUAUUCAAAGAGUUUUUUGGGAAGAUGGUGAUGGCGAAAAACUACACUCUGCUCGAAUUGCUUGACGGGUAGAGUCGCGAAAUAUGUCGAAUUGGGCGGGCUCGGGUCGAAUCUGCCCUGUUCUUUGACAUGUGAUUGACUUGGCUUGGAAGAAAUGGAUUCGGGCAGUAGUCUCAUGACGGUGAUGACGGUGGUGAAGAAGUGGUGGUGUUGAUCAGAUGGGUGGUUCAAUGGUGUAUAGUGGGGAGGUGAACGUUGACGCAGUCUUUGGAUGGAGGGUGAAGACGUAGAAAAGUGAUUUAGGGUUUGAAGUUUAGGUUUUGGAAGCUGAACUAGUUUCUGGCAUGGCAGAUUAUGGGAGUGUAAAGUUAUUGUAAAACUCAAGGUGUUGUGAAGACCGAUCAAUGUAUUUCAUACUUGUAGAAGGAAACUGAGUUUUUACCUGUA